AUGGGGCUAUCCAGGAAGAACAAGACAAUCCAACCACCACCUCCAGCUCAGGUUGCGACCAACAAUGCUGUUCCAAGUAGGACAGGAGCCAAGUCUUCUGGAAAGAAUUGGGGCGAGAAGGAGCGGAAACGAAAAUGGGGUACCCAACAUGGUGCCCAUCCCUUUCUUCCCAUGUGGCAAACGUCGCCCCAACAAAGCGAACCGGCAAGUGGUCGAAUCGCGACAAAAGCCGGGCUCUCUAGAAAAAGUGUAAGGGCUCAAAACGACACAACCAACAGCACCGUGCAACCUGUUGCCAUUUCGCGCAAAGCAGGACUCUCGCGUCGACAACAUACCACGCCUCCAACAAUGCUAACCAGCCGAGGCGACACAGAACAACUCGGUACCACUACCAGCACGACCGAGCCAGAUAUUGUUGUAAUCCAGGAGGUGGUAAAUUUUCCUCUAGAUCAUGUUGACGAAACACAAUGUCAACAAUACGCAGGCAACUCAACAAUUGCGCAUGAAGACACUGGCGGCUUGGUGAACGCCCGGCUAGUCUCGAGUGCCAGAGACCUGCCACAAGCCAUCGAGGUGGACCCGCAAAGGAGACUGGCAAAACAACAAUCUCAGACAACAACCGUCACGUCCAAUGGCAACCAUGCACCGUCUCCCCGUCACCACCCCCCUCAAUCUCCCACCGGUAGUACCUGGAACUUCCUGCCAGCAGCAACAAAAUGGACAAUUUUGAAUGACACUGCGUCAGCACAAGCGCUAGCACAUAGGUGGCUUCUUGACGAUCCCAACCUGGAAACACUUCCAGAAGCCCGUCUCCAGCAGAGGUGGCAGAAUGCCAUUGGUUUCACGCAAACACCCAUCCAUGAUGAUGAAGAAGGCGUGUCAACUCCCGUACUCAACCCCUGCGACCACAAAGGAGACUACACGAGAUUGAACCUUGCUGGCAACAACCUAAACGGCACUGUCCCUGCUGAAAUUGGUCUACUGACAUCACUGGUGGAGAUCCAUUUGGAAGACAACCAAAUCUGGGGAAGUCUUCCCUCCCAGAUUGGCCGUCUAUCCAAACUGGGCAUUCUUUCCAUCCAAAACAACACCAUGACACAGUCACUGCCUACUGAGUUAGGACAGCUGUCUUUGCUGAGUCAGCUACAUUUGUUUGAUAAUGAAUUUCAAGGAGAAGUACCCUCAGAAGUUGGCCUACUGACCUAUCUGACUCAACUUCACCUGCAACGCACUCAAAUUGGUGGACAACUUCCAACAGAACUGGGAAACUUGGUUCGUCUGGAGGAGUUCUGGACCUGGAACACAAACUUUUCUGGUACACUACCUUCCCAUAUGGGUCAAAUGGUCAGCUUGUCGUCUCUUGCCAUGCACAAUGGAGAGCUGCGAGGGACCAUCCCUACAGAGUUUGGUCAGCUGACCAAUAUGGACUUGAUGCAGAUUGAUGGCCACUUCUUAUCAGGAAGUAUUCCAACAGAGUUUGGCCAGCUGAAGAAGGUGAGGCUGCUCACAUUUGGAUCCAACAGCCUUAGCUCAACCAUCCCCACAGAGCUAGGUCUGUUGUCCAAAGCUUUGGGGGUGUUGAGAUUCUUUCAAAACGAAUUGACAGGAAGUGUUCCAGCAGAACUUGGUCAACUGUCAGUUCUGCAAAGAUUGGAACUGGAUGGAAACAAAUUGACCAAAUCUAUUCCCGCCCAGUUGGGUAGAUUGGAGUACCUGGUCAGUUGUUCCUGGCUAACAACCAAUUUACAGGCUUCCUCCCCAGGGAGAUAG